AAAACAUUUGCCAGAGUUGGAUAUGUGACAUUUCAAACUGAACAACCGUCAUUGUCCUGAGACCUGGAAUAAUUUUUCCAUAGUGCCAUGACAGUGCUGGAUGCACCAUCCAGGAUCAAACAUUCUCCCAUCCAAGAAGACUAGCAGUGAAAAGGAAGCUGGUCUUCUCCCCUCUCUUUCUUCCUUCGGUUAUACAAAUGUAACCCAAAGUCCUUGAGGCAGCACAGUGGUCACCUGUCUCCUUGUAAGUCUUACAAGCAUCCUAUUUUAAUGGAUCACUUCUCAUCUAUCAUCCCUCAGGCUCUGGCUCAAUUUUUUCUGUGCUGAGGCAUAAGGAACCUGAGCUAUUUGGAACCCCUGGAAAGGCACCUAGUGGUGUCCAAUCUGAUACCAUCUGCCUGGGAGCGUACAAACCAGACAGCCUUCACUCUCCUUCAGGCCAGUAGCAUCAUGCACCCUUGGGUAGCCAUCCUGGGCCUCCUACUCCUUCUGACAGAUGGUGUAACCUCUUACCAUCAAGUGACUGGAGUAGCGGGUCAGUCUGUCAGGCUACCCUGCUCAUAUACUGGAGAAAUCACAACCGCAUGCUGGGGCCGAGGGGAAUGUUCUUUGCUGGGCUGCGGAAGUAACAUUAUCUGGACUGAUGGAUACAAAGUCAGUUUUCAGAAGGACAGACGUUAUCAACUAAAAGGAAAUAUUGGUGAAAGGGAUUUGUCUUUGACCAUAGAGAAUACUGUCCUGUCUGACAGCGGCUCGUAUUGCUGCCGUAUUGAGAAAAGAGGGUGGUUCAAUGAUAUAAAAAUCAUUCAAGAGUUGAGUAUAAGGCCAGCUCCAACUACAACUACAACAACCACAACAACCACUACUCCAACAACUACCACCACUACCACUACUCAAAGAACAGGAACCACCAUUACUCACAGAAAAAUGACCAUGACUACUACACCUCGAAGAGAAACAACCAAGGCUAUUAUUCCAACAACGACCGAAACUAAUCAAACAAAAACUACUAUUCCAACAGCCACCAUGACCAGUACUCCAAUGACAACCACCACUAUUCCAAAAACGACUACCACUACGACUCCAGUAACAACUACCACCACUACUUCAACAAUCAUGACAACGACCCCUGUUCCAAUGACAGCGAAGGCUCCUACCUCUGCUCUUCCAAUGGCAACACCCACAGAGGACUUCCAGCCAGUACCUUGUUUAUCUUCCCCAACGCAGGCUGCAGAAACCAAGCCUACCACCCCAUAUGAAACAAAUAAAACUUGCUCACCAUCGUACUCUUGCUCAACAGAUGGGAAUGACAUUGUGACAGAGUCUCCAGAUCCCCUUUGGCGUUGCUAUCAAGUUGGGCUGGUAAAAGGUCCUUGGAUGAGCACCAACCAGGGAGUCUCCAUUGGAAUCUCUUUUGCUCUCUUGGUAGUAUUGCUCGUGUUUGUGGUAUUCUGGAUUAAAAAAAAAUAUCUUUGCCUGGGUAACAAGGUGGAGCUACUACGUGUGAUUCCCUUGAAGGAGUCUCAUGUUGGAGCUUUGAAACAUGCAGCUCUGAAGCCUAUCCAAGCAGAAGAUAAUGCCUACACUAUUGAUGACUCUCACUAAGUCGAGGGCCCAGAUUCCAAGGCAUUAUGUAGAAGACAGUGCCCAGAUAUCACCAUGUCAGAAUCCCUCAAGUAGCAGGAGAAUUUUUCCAUCAGUUUCUGAUGACAUUCCACGGAGUCAAGAACAUUGGGUAGAGUGAGUCUAGAUCAUCUGUGCACAAUCAACCUCUGUCACACAGUCCUAAUUUUUUAUACUAAAACUGAGUCAAUCUUUCUGGUCAUUGCAGAAAUCUCUCCAAAACAUGAAAGGUACACUUUAGAAUUGUACAUUCUCUUUAGAUCCUAUGAAUCCUGUUAUCCAUCAAGAAUUCUCAUUGGGGAGACAGAAAACACACUUCGACCUUGGUUAAUAAAGCUGUGGAGAGGAGCUGACCACAACUUAAAAUCAGCAAAUUUAAUUU